GCUAUUAUUGUGAAAGUUGUGACCGGAUGUUCCCAUUUCACGUUACACGUGCGAUAAAGUAACACUGUAAAUGCAUACAUACGCCGGAUUUCUGAUUUUUGAAAAUGUUCAGGCCUAUGUGAACCUAUAAUUAUAUUCAUGAUAAUCGUUCACCCGGACAGAGCGUAGUUUAGAGAACGUUUUAUUUCUUCCUUUCUUAUUCUUUACGAACAUCGAUUUGUGCGAAUGGCAGACGAGAUGCUAGCGAAGACACAUGGACCUGGAGUCUUCUUGGAGCUGCGGAAACGGCUUCAGAGUGGACUUCUUAUUGUUGGGAAAAACGUGGCCAAACACCCUGCGGACGUGGUUGUGACGGGCGGAGAGUCCUCCCUCCACAUCAGGACGCCCCAGAGGGAGCUGAGCCUGGCUCUGCCGGCGGGAGUGUCCUUCGAGCAGGGGUCCUGCGUUCCCACGCCCGCGGGGGAGUCCGGCGAGGAGGAGCUGCAUUUCAGGCUGCGAAUCGCCGUCGGGCGGAGCCAGGAUGAAGAGACCCCGGACAGCAUGAUGGAGACCCUCCGAGCCAAAGAGACUUACUGCUUCUACUGCCAGGGCUGCAUGACCAGGCUGCUCGAGGACAGAGUGUUUAAGAGAGUUCUGCCUCUGCCCAACGGUAACUGGAACGCCAUCGUGGACGACUGGUGUUGCCACGCCGAUCCGUUCGCCAACAAGAAGCUGUUGCCCCGGGCAGACGACUGCCUGCUGGGCGACAGCUUCAUCCUGGUGGUCCGCGAUGCCAGCUGCCAGCAGACCAUGAUCCAGGAAGCGAGCCCCGCCGGAACAGCGGACAGCCAGGACCCUAAGAAAGCCUGCCGCCGUGUCCAACUCCUCUCCUGCGCGAGCUGCUCCUCAGUGCUGGGGGAGGCCGUGACACCAGAGACGCUGAAACUCUACGUCACGCAGAUGGUGGUGGAGCCCGCGGUGGGGGAUCGACAGCCGGAAGCUUCUCUGAACAGGUCCGUCUUUCUGGAGAGGACGGUAGCAGCCAGGCUGCUGCAGCUGUCCAACUCCCUGACCACCUUCCACUUCUCAGUUCAGACGCCGGAUGGAAAAGCCUUCCUACUGAUCUGGCUGCUGAACAGCGACUCCAUCACGGCCUCGGUCCCAGAGCAGCUCUCCGUCGGCUCUCCCUCCCGGCCCAGAGCCACCAGAGCGCUGAAGCUCCUCUACAUCAACUGCCCCGACGCCGGCCCCCCGCAGAGAGAGAUAGCCGCCAGCUGGGAGGCCACCGCUGUGGGACACCCCGUGGUGCUGCCUCCCAAAGUCUGCCAGGAGCUUCUGCAGGUCGUCAACGACAGCAACUCCGCCCUCCCGGCCUCCAUGCGCUGCAUGAGGUCCUACCAGGUGGCGUACCUGAGAGUGUGAGCUCUGAGGACAGAAGCAUGCGGUCGGGGCUCCUCUCUAUUUUCAAAAGACCUGAGCUGGCACAACGCACCGUUUCUACGUCACGCCAAAGAUGUAUUUCAGCUCUAGGAAGAGGAAAGGUUGCUCGUUUUUCCACUGUUUGGUUUGGGGCUGCUGAUUCAUGCUCUCAGACUGUGGGACUCUUGAGUCACAACUUUGAAGCUGUUGAUCUUCCAGUGAAAAAAUUACCAUGUGUCUGUCCACUUUUUUCAUUCUUUGAUUACAUUUUUUUUUUUUAACUUCAACAAAGAAAUGAUAAAUAAUGUGUUUUUCAAAGACCGGCCUCGUCUUUUUUUUUCCCUCGGUAUGUUUGACGGGAGUGUUGCUGUGGUGACGGACGUUGUUUCUCAGUUGUCUCUAGAUAAAAACUCAGCUCACAGACACAUCAGCCCCAGGCUGAAACGGGGAGUCUUCCUCUUGAGUUAAUUACAGUCUGUGGAGGGAGGGAGGAAUUUUCUUUUUUUUUGUAAAUUGUUGAAGCAACAUGUUGAAACGGGAAAUGAACUGGAAAAAUCUGUUUUUUUUUAAAGUUUGAAACAAAAAGCUCUUUGUGUAAUUUGAGCUUUUAAACCACCUUUUCAUCACAUGUCAGAUUCUUUGGGUAGCUGCUGUCCCCGCGUUGACGGCCGGUUCCACUUCAGCAGCUGGACUUUGUCUGCUCGGUCAGGUGUGGAAAUCUCAAAGUGUGGCUUUUAAAAAGAAGUUACACACUUUAACUUCUGAGGUCAGCAUGAUAUGGGCUGUUUGUCCAAAAUACUUCCUUGACUGGUAAUAGGUCAGUUCCCUGCUUUGGUUAAACAUUAGCUAACGGGUGGGUGACAUUUGAUGAAAAGCAUUAAUUCCCAGAUUAAAUUCCUUGAUGAUUUCUAGCACUCGUCUUUUCGGCGAAUCUCUUAGUUUUUAUGGUAAUGAUAGUUAGUGAUCAGGAACAUUUACACAAAUGAUUGGGCCCC